UUUAUAUUAAACCAGGUUUCGUUUUUUUUUUAAUAGUUUUGUACUUAGUUUAUGAUUAAGACGUGAACAGUUUUGGAUUGAGUGUUUCAAAAUGAAUAUACUGAAAGUGGAACAGCCUUUAGCAGUCUUCAAGAAAUUACCUAGUCCGCUGGAUAGAAUUGAAAUUCCAGAGAGGGCAGAAAAUCGAAAGCCGACAGACAAAAAAUUCCUUUAUGCGUUUGCAGUUGUUAUCAUUUUACUAUUUCCGUUCCUGAUAUAUUGCCUUGCGAAGGGAGAUUUGUCAAGAUGGAAGGGUUACGAUCAAUGCGGUAACGUAUGUGGUCAAAAAAAUUCAAAAUAUGAAGCAUGGUCUUGCACAGGACAAGAUUACACGGACUCUCCCUAUUUGGACAUUGACGCUUCAUUUAAAGAAACAAGAGGCGAUGACGGAUUAAUCCUGAUAUCGAGAAGAUGCGUGGCUCGCUGUUCAUCAGGAUAUACAGAUGUAUUUUCAAGUUGUUAUCAAUUGACUAGCAGCUCCAGCUCUAAUAUCUACGGUCGAAAUUAUGAUUCACGAUUCAGACGAGAUGCAGACGUUGAAGGUUCGAAUGGUAUCGGAAGUGAUAUAUCCAAGUACUUGAUCAAGCAUGCAUGGAGGAUAGUUUUGGCCUGUUUCGCAUCUUUUGGUGUGGGCAUAAUAAUGUUGGUCCUCUUCAAAACCGCCACAGCUGUUGUCGUUUGGGGUAUUUUAGGUGGUGUACUACUCUUUGGAGCAAUCCUCAUAGGUACAACAUGGGGGUUCUACUUAAGUCCUCCAGUAGACAAGGACACAAGCAGCGCCCAGGUAUAUACAACCAUGUACUUGGUCUUAGCAAUAUGUUUUAUGGUCGUAUGGUUGGUUCUGGUAUUGGUGAUGAUUUUCAUGUUCAAGAAGAUCCAGUUGGUGAUACUAUUACUGAAUGAAACUACCAAGGCCGUUUUUGCUAUGCCGUUGUUGAUUUUCGUUCCGAUGAUCAGUUCCUGCGCCAGACUCAUUAUUCUAAUUCUGGUAGUGUUUUUCCACUUUUAUAUCUCCACUGCUGGUACGCUGACAGAACUGAUGAGCGGAUACUUUUACUACAAACAAAACAUCAUAAUAGACAUAACGUUUUUCUUCAAUAGUUUCGUAGCAUAUUGGUGUAUUCAAUUUAUCAGCGGCAUCCAAUACAUGGUAAUUGCCGGAGCUGUUGCAAAGUGGUAUUGGUCAAAGAACAAAAAUAACCUGGAGAGUCCGAUAAAAGAGAGCGUCAGCAUCGUAUACAAAUUUCAUCUUGGUAGCAUCGCUUUUGGAUCACUGGUUAUUACACUGAUCGCCAUUAUCAGAUCACUGCUCACCUCUUUAACCCAGUCUAAGAGUUUUAAAAUUUUGGUUGACUUGUGCGCUGGCUCCAUCGAAUCGUUUCUUAAAUUCUUAAGCAAGAAUUCGUACAUUAUUACUGCCAUGCACGGUAAACCUUUCUACAAAUCCGGAAAGAGAGCAGCCCAAAUAAUUUUCCAAAAUGCUGUUAAUAUUGCCACCGUCAACUUUGUCGGCGACUUUGUACUCGGAAUGGCUCAACUACUGAUCGUGUUGAUAUCUUUGUUAAUCACAGUUGUAAUUAUGUUGGGUGCUGAAUCGGACUACUCAUUCCUUGUUUAUCUUAUCGUAUUCUCUGUAUCGCUUUUAAUUUCUCUAACACUGUUCGCCACAUUUGGGACCACAAUCGAUACUCUCUUCCUAUGCUCCUGCGAAGACAGCCUCCUCAACGACGGUAUGGCACGUCCUUACGCCAUGUCUCGCGACCUAAUGAUGUUUAUAGAGAGCUCCAAAAAAUCAUUCCGCAGUAAAGCUAUUUAAACAUAUAAAAUAAACAUAAAAAGUAAUCGAACAAACGAGUAAUGCAGACAUCUUGUUCCAUUGAACAAAUAAUUGAAGUAGAAUUAUAUAAUAAUAUUUUUUGAAAAAAUGUAUAUUGUUGAUAACAUUAUUGUCAGUCUUAAUGUAUAAAAAGAGA